CCUGGGGGGGGGACCGGGCCCGGGCUGGGGCCGGGGGGGCCGGCGGAGGCUGUGUCGGGGCGAUGGCGGAGCGCGGCCCGGCCUUCUGCGGCCUCUACGACACGUCCUCGCUGCUUCAGUACUGCAACGAUGACAAUCUGUCGGGCACGAGCGGCAUGGAGGUGGACGACCGCGUGUCGGCGCUGGAGCAGCGUUUGCAGCUGCAGGAGGACGAGCUAGCGGUGCUCAAGGCGGCCCUGGCCGAUGCGCUGCGCCGCCUGCGGGCCUGCGAGGAGCAGGGCGCGGCCUUGCGCUCGCGGGGCACCCCCAAAGGCCGGGCCCCUCCGCGGCUUGGCACCACAGCCUCGGUGUGCCAGCUUUUGAAAGGUCUUCCCAGCAGGACGCCCCUCAAUGGCUCCGGACCCCAGCGCCGGGUGGGCGGCUAUGCCACGUCCCCCUCCUCCCCCAAGAAGGACACGACCACCGUGCGGAGUGCUCGCCGCUACUUGUCACCAGAGCGCCUGGCCUCGGUGCGCCGUGAGGACCAGCGCAGCCGCACCACUUCCUCCAGCAGCAAUUGCAGCGCCAAAAAGGAAGGCAAAACCAAAGAAGUUAUGUUCAGUCUGGAGGAUGGCGCUGUGAAAAUGUUCCUGCGGGGCCGCCCGGUGCCUAUGCUGAUCCCUGAUGAACUAGCACCCACAUACAGCCUGGACACCCGCUCGGAGCUUCCUGCCAGCAAGUUCAAGCUGGACUGGGUCUAUGGCUACCGGGGCCGUGACUGCCGUGCCAACCUCUACCUGCUGCCCACGGGCGAGAUUGUGUACUUCGUGGCCUCCGUGGCUGUGCUGUACAAUGUGGAAGAGCAGCGACAGCGGCACUACCUGGGACACAAUGAUGACAUCAAAUGCCUGGCUGUCCACCCAGACAUGGUCACCAUCGCCACUGGCCAGGUGGCCGGCACCACUAAGGAGGGGAAGCCGCUGCCACCCCACGUGCGCAUCUGGGACUCAGUUUCUCUCUCUACCUUACAUGUGCUGGGCCUGGGGGUGUUUGACCGGGCUGUGUGCUGCGUGGGCUUUUCCAAAUCGAAUGGAGGGAACCUGCUCUGUGCUGUGGACGAAUCCAACGAUCACAUGCUCUCCGUGUGGGACUGGGCCAAGGAGACCAAACUGGUGGAUGCCAAGUGUUCCAACGAGGCUGUGCUAGUGGCCACCUUCCACCCUACCGACCCCGCGAUGCUCAUCACCUGCGGGAAAUCCCACAUCUACUUCUGGAACCUGGAGGGAGGCAGUCUGAGUAAGAGGCAAGGCCUGUUUGAGAAACACGAGAAACCCAAGUAUGUGCUGUGUGUGGCCUUUCUGGAGGGUGGCGAUGUGGCCACUGGGGACUCGGGAGGGAACCUCUACGUCUGGGGCAAAGGUGGGAACCGCAUCACCCAUGCCAUGGUGGGUGCGCACGAUGGUGGUGUGUUCGGGCUCUGCGCCCUGCGGGACGGGACGCUGGUGUCCGGUGGGGGCCGUGAUCGGCGGGUGGUCCUGUGGGGGUCAGACUACAGCAAGCUGCAGGAGGUAGAGGUUCCCGAGGACUUCGGCCCUGUGCGCACCGUGGCGGAGGGCCGGGGAGACACGCUGUACGUGGGCACCACCCGCAACUCCAUCCUGCACGGCUCUGCACACCUGGGCUUCUCCCUGGUGGUCCAGGGCCAUGUGGAGGAGCUGUGGGGUCUGGCCACACACCCCAGCCAGACACUGUUUGUGACCUGCGGGCAGGACAAGCUAGUGCAUCUGUGGAGCGCAGAGACCCACCAGCCCCGCUGGAGUCGGAGCAUCGAGGACCCUGCCCGCUCCGCAGGCUUCCACCCCAGUGGAGCAGUCCUGGCUGUGGGCACUGUGACUGGCAGAUGGAUGCUACUGGACACGGAGACGCACGACCUGGUGUCCAUCCACACGGACGGCAACGAGCAGAUCUCAGUGGUCAGCUUCUCUCCAGACGGGGCGUACCUGGCCGUGGGCUCCCACGACAACUUGGUGUACGUGUACUCGGUGGACCAGGGUGGCCGCAAGGUCAGCCGCCUGGGCAAGUGCUCGGGCCAUUCCAGUUUUAUCACUCACCUGGACUGGGCUCGAGACAGUAGCUGCUUUGUCACCAACUCCGGGGACUAUGAAAUUCUGUACUGGGAUCCGGCCACUUGUAAGCAGAUCACCAGUGCCGAUGCCGUGAGGAACAUGGACUGGGCCACGGCGACUUGUGUCCUGGGGUUUGGGGUGCUUGGGAUCUGGUCUGAGGGAGCGGAUGGAACUGAUCUCAACGCCGUGGCUCGCUCCCACGAUGGCAAGUUGCUGGCUUCAGCUGACGACUUUGGCAAAGUCCACCUGUUCAGCUAUCCCUGCUGUCAGCCUCGAGCUCUCAGUCACAAAUAUGGUGGACACAGCAGCCACGUGACCAACGUGGCCUUCCUAUGGGAUGACAGCAUGGCCCUCACCACGGGGGGCAAAGACACCAGCGUGCUUCAGUGGCGGGUAGUGUGAGGUGCAGGGGGGCGCCACAGCAGGUGACAGCGCCGCCGGAGUUCUAUUUUCGGGAGAUGUCUAUUGCCGAGUAGAGUAAUUAAUAUAUACCCAGAGUAUGUCUAUAGCAGAGAAGGUUAUGGGGGCGGGAGGGCAGAUGGACAGACAGAAGUCUCUAUUUAUCGGGUGGGAAACAAGGGGCACAGUGCUUUGGGGAAAUCAUCCGGGCAUUUGUUUUCGGGGGUGUUUUUUAAGUUUCUUCUUUUGUAUCAUCCAGAAAUAAAGACCACAUGCACUGAGAUAGUA